GUUGGAACGUGCUACCUUUAAAGUGUUCCGCCUAUUUCUCGGCAAUAUUCCAUUCCUCCUCUUGUCUGGUUGUGAUUGUGAACUGAAAACAUGCAGCAGUGCACAUUACUCAGUGCAUCCGGCGCUCGUGUCCCACUAGCCGAUGGCCGAGCCGUGAUCCUAGGUCGUGGUCCAGAGACUGGAGUUAUUGACAAGAAGUGCUCCCGACACCAGGUGAAGCUGGUGGCCUGUUAUGCAGACAAGGAGGUACUUGUAACACAGCUUGGUCCCAACCCCUCAUCCUUGGGCAGUGAGAGUCUUGGUAGAGGCCAGUCUGGCCGACUGACCCAUGACAGCACCCUCUACCUGGUUAACCAGAGCCACCCCUUCAGAGUGCAGUUCUCUGCUUCCAACGAAACCUCCUCAUCCUCUGCCCAGAAGGGGAAGGUUGUAGAAAGGUUGAAAGCAUUGGAUAAGACAAAAGGAGGAAAGAAUGACAGAGAGAGGGAGGUUCAAAGCACAGGUCCCAAACGCAGCAUCCAAGACUUUUUUGCUUCCUCUCCCAAGAAGGCAUCCAAGAGGUCACACAGUUCUGAGGAGGACCCGCAGGAGAAGCGCAGGAGGACUACAGGCUCCGACAGUGGGGACGAGGCUGAGAAGCUUGCUGAGGAGAAGCUCCGACACCUCCAGGAAAUGUCAGAGAGGGCUUCAGGGGCUAGCAGAGACUGUGUCCAGCAGCAGGCAUCAGUCUCAGCCUGUUCUCGAAGCCACUGGCAGCAGAUUGGAAACCUCAUGCUCUACACUGCUGUUGGCGUCACUGGAAGCACCAAGAUUGCUGGGUUCGACAUUGAUGGGUGUAUCAUCACCACCAAUUCUGGAAAAGUGUUUCCCACCAGCCCAGAUGACUGGAGGAUUCUCUUUCCUGAGAUCCAACCCAAACUGGCCAGCUUAUUAAAGAAAGGCUACAAGGUUGUGUUUUUCACCAAUCAGAUGGGUAUAUCUAGGGGGAAACUGAAGCCUGAGGAUUUCAAGUCUAAAGUGGAGAACAUUCUGAAGACAUUACAGCUCCCCAUACAGGUCUUUGUGGCGUCUGGUCCUGGGAUCUACAGGAAGCCAGUGAUGGGGAUGUGGGAGCACCUGUGUGAGAAGGAUAAUGGCGGUGUGGCUGUAGACAAAAGCCAGAGUCUCUAUGUGGGAGAUGCAGCGGGACGGCCUGUUAACUGGGCUCCUGGCAAGAAGAAGAAGGACUUUUCCUGCAGUGACCGACUGUUUGCUCUGAACCUUGGACUACAGUUCCACACUCCAGAGGAGUUCUUCCUGGGCUGGAAGACCGCCCCCUUCAGUCUUCCUCCAUUUGACCCUAGGAAAUGUGACUCUAACGCCCGUCUAUAUGACCCGCCCAGUGCCUCCCUCACCUCCACCAAGCAGGAAGUAAUCAUUGCCGUGGGUUUCCCUGCUUCCGGGAAAUCAUCCUUUUUCCACACACACAUCGUCCCCAAAGGUUACGUGUACGUGAACAGGGACACCCUGGGCUCGUGGCAGAGCUGUGUUUCGGCCUGUGAGCGGGCUCUGAAGGAGGGGCGCAGCGUGGCGGUGGAUAACACCAACCCAGACCCUGAGUCUCGCAAACGGUAUGUUGACGUCAGCCAGAGUUUGGGCGUGUCCUGUCGGUGCUUCAACUUCUCUGCCUCCCUGGAGCAGGCCAAGCACAACAACAGAUUCCGUGAGAUGGCCCCCUCCACCACCAAGCACCUCAAAGUCAAUGACAUGAUCUUCCACAGUUACAAGAAGAAGUUUGUGGUGCCCAGUCUCUCGGAAGGCUUUUCAGAAAUCCUGCAAAUUCAUUUUGUCCCAACCUUUACAGACAGCCAAUCAGAGGCCCUCUUCAGGCAGUUCUCUGAAGGCUGAUUGGGUGGCUGGUAUUCUAACCUAAGAUUCAUCAGAUUGUUAUUGGUGGAAAAUAAUCUGGCAGUCGUACCAGUCCAACAUUUUUCUAUGCUGUGGCUGUAUGUAGACAAACUAUUUAGUUACCUGCUGCUAAUCAACAAAUCAUUGCUAUUACGCUACAUACAUUUUGAAGGUGCAGAUGUUUUAACUAAAUGUAACCACAGCAGACAGCACACAUCAGUAUUUUUGUUUGAUUGGCUUGAGUUUCAUAUUUUCGUAUCAUGUUUUCUGGUCAGAUAUACAGUACUUGUUUCCAGAAAGCCUAAAAAGUAAAAAACCAUGAGCAAUGUUUUAUUAAUUGUAUAUUUUAAUAAAUUGUUAUUAAUUUCA